AUGUCUCUCGGCCACCGCAGCCCACCAGAUCCGCCGCACUUGGCGGCGGAUUCCCCACAGGCCGACACGAGCAGCGCCGUUCCCAGCAGCGACUCCCGCCGAGCCUCGUUCGACACCCCCGAGGCCCGACGGUUUGACGAGGUUGCUGAGCUGGCGAGCUGCAUUGCAGCGAGUGGCGAUGCGGAGACAUCCGUCCCUUCCUCACCAAGGGGGGAUACGGGCGACGCGCGUAGCGGUUCGUCAUCUAGUGGCCAUGCGACAGGAGAGACCGCUUCGGCGAGUGAUCAACUGCGACCAACGAGGCGACGGGGAGGCUGGCUCGCAGCCGUCGCAGGGUUGCUCGUGCGCUCCCCGCUCGGGGCUCUCUGUCGCACGCUGGGUCGCUCGGAUCCUCCGCACAUGCUCCCACCCCCGGUCGAGCCCCGCCCUUCCCUCUCAGCAGCGCGCGCCACAGCACGAGCAUCAGCGCGAGCAGCGGCGGCAGCAGCAGUAGCGGCAUCACCAGAAGGGGCCGGAUCAGUGGCAGGGGCUUCAUCAGUGUCAGACUAUUCACUCGACGGCUCUCCUGCUGCGUCUGACAUGGCAUCAUCAGCAUCCCCUCCCUCCUCUCGCCCUUCCACUCCUCCUCCCCGUGCUGCUGUCCUUCCCGCGCUCCCUUCCCCGCCCUCUCCCGUGCUCUCUCCUGCCGACCUCGUUUUGAUUCAAGACGUGCGAUCGGCGCUCGAAGAUGCUGACGUGGACACACAGGAUUGGCUGACUGACGACACAGUGCUGCGCUAUGCAGUGCCAGGCAAGCGCCACGUGGCAACAAUGGUGAACCGCAUCCGCGCCACUGCCACGUGGCGCUGCUCCUUCCGCCUCCUCGCGCCUGCCGAGGUGCUCUGCUCGCCCUGGCGCCCCUUCGGCUACUGGCACGGCGCGGACGUGGACGGCAGGCCUUGUCUUGUUCUGCACGUGGGGCGGGCAGCUAAGGCCAUCCCGUCUGCUUUCCAUGCCGACUUUGUCUGCUACCUGGCAUCCCUAGUGAGCGCGGUGACAACAGCGCUCACCCUGGCAUGCCCCGACAGUGGGCGCAUCGCCGUGAUUCUGGACUGCCAGGGUGCGCCUGCUUUGUGGCACCUGCCCGUGGGACUGCUGCGUGCCACCAUCACCGCUCUGCACCGCAACUUCCCGCACCGCAUGGCCCGCCUGCACGUGCUGCACCUGCCGCCCGCUCUGCGCCUCCUGGCUCGCGCCAUGCUGCAGCUGCUGAGCCCAGGCACACGCAGCAAGAUACAGAUCAUCGGUGGCGGAUCUUCUUCCACGUCAUCAAUCUCCGAUCUCUUCGGGCUCCAAGUCAGCGUGCCAGCUAGGCUGGCAGGCGGCUGCAUUUGCGCGGUGUGCUGCGAGGGAGAAGCAGAGGGAGAGACAGGGGGGGGAGGAGGGCCCAGGACGGAGCAGAGGCAUGGGGAGAGCGGGGGAGAGGCGGGUGCUGCAGCACAGGCAGGCUUGACAGCAGGAGCAGAGGCAGCCAGAGGCGCAUCCUUAUCAGGUCCUUCUGACUCGCUUCCACUGGAGCACCCUUCAAAACUCGCCCCAGCAGUCACCACCCCUGCAUGUGUCACCCCAGCAGUUUUCGCCUAUGCGGCCCCGCAGCCGCUCCCCCCUUGUCUGUCCUCUACGCUCAGACAGAGGGCGGGCGGUGUCGCAGGGGGUGGAGUGGGCAGAGAGAAGGUGGGUGAGCCGGCACGUGGUGUGGAGGAUGCUGCUGCUACUGCUCAUGGCCCUCACUCUCACCGGCCUCUGCCUUUGCUCUGCUGCUGCCAUGGCUAG